AUGGUUGGCAUUGGAAGAUUGAUUCUUUUAAAUUUUCUACAUCGCCGACGUCAUAGCUGUGUAUCUAACUCAAGUACAAACGAAUCAUCAGAGCAACCAGAAGGUAACAAGGAUACUGACCAAAAAUGCAGAGUUUGUCUUAAAGAGGGGUCUGUUCCCAUAUUUGGGAAUCAAUUUACAGCCGAUAUUUCUGAGAAUUUUCGUUCAAUUACUGAUAUUGAAAUAGAUCAAAACGAUGUCUUUCCAAAGUAUCUGUGUGAUGAAUGUCAUUCCAAGCUUCAAAAUGCAAUAGACUUGAGGAAUACUGCAAAAGUCUCAGACAAAAUUUUAAGGGAGUUGCCUUCAGAUACUAAUGAAGAUGCAGAUGACUUCAUAUAUGAAACUCAACCCAUUAGAAAACAAACCAAAACAACCCGUGAUGAAAGUUAUAUAUGUGUAAAAUGUGAUAAAACAUUUAGGGUAUUCGAGGAGUAUACUGAGCACAUCUCUAUAGACCAUGAAAAUGCUUCUCGCCAGUGUCCUAUUUGUAACAAGAUAUACAAAGAAAUUUACUUUAAAAGACACUUAUCUUUACAUAACAAAACACAGUUUAUAUGUGAUAUCUGCGGUAAACAUUCAUUCUUCAAAGGCGAAUUUACAAGACAUCGCCUGACACACUUUUAUCAUCUUCCUUUUAAGUGUACUCUUUGUCCAUACAGGGGGAGAUUUCCAGAAUCUCUAAAAUUACAUAUGCGUACUCAUACUGGUGAAAAGCCCUAUCAAUGUACACAAUGUCCAUCACGUUUCCUAACUAAGAGUAAUCUCAAUAAACAUAGUUUAACCCAUAGAGAUAGUUAUGAUUUUAAAUGUGAGUGUUGUGGAAAGGGUUUUCAUAAUAAAAGAACAUAUGACCAACACUGUAGAAUCGAUCAUGGUGGCAUUAAGGAACAUGUUUGUAACAUAUGUAACAAAGCAUUUGGAUAUCGUAAACAAAUGAUGAAGCAUCAAUUAAAAGUACAUAAAAGAGAGAAAUUAAGGAGUGGUAGGAUGCCAAUUUAUUUACAAAUACAACAAAUGCAAAAGGAACAGCAAGAAUACAGAGAAAUAGAUAGCAUGUAA